GGGUCGACGCUUCCGCCCAGUUUUCCGAUGUUCAUUGCCUGAGUUGAAAAUGGAAUUCGAUUAAAGCAGAUGUCCAACAACUUCUUCGAGAAAAUUUCACUCACCGUUUUUGCCUAAUGUACUUCAAUUUCAUCAUUGAAAUUAGUUUGUAGGCCUGUCUUUUUCCCCCAGUUGUGGAGGUUAUAAUUCAACGUACACCGACACAUUGACGGAUCAACGCUGCAGCGCUUUUCAAGUGUUGUCCUGGACCUGAAGUUGGCGAGGGAACGCUCGAUAGCUAAACACGAAUAACGUGCCAAAUGUCGGGUUUAUUUUGUAAAAAAAUUAGCAUCUGAACACAUUGGAUUUCGUGUUGGCGAAGAGGAUGACGAAGCUGUGUAUUUUAUUCUGGUUGGAUUUUACUUCCAGGGAAGAUAAAAUGAAUCAUCGGUUGUCAUUCCUCCUGGCAAUUUAGUUACAGCUAGCUAGGCUACUUGGUUUUCCGAAAUAAAGCUCACUUAUGCAUGCACCACUGUAAGACCAUUUACUUUUAUCCAAUAUCUGGGUGUUUUAUGCAAAAGAAAAUGGUGAUAUUUGCGGUUUAUUUCCCCGCCGUCACUGCGUCCUCGAUGCUAUUGCCAGGAUUUGGAUCCCCUUGAGGAAAGAUGAGCGAAGAUUCGACAAAUCCAAACAACGAUGACAGUUAUGCGCGUGUGAGAGCAGUGGUCAUGACUCGGGAUGACUCCAGUGGUGGGUGGCUGCCUCUGGGAGGCGGGGGCCUCAGCUGCGUUACCGUCUACAAAGUCAGCCAGACAGCGGAGAGCAACAGCAGCACCACAGACCCAAACACCACCACCACCAACCCCACAGCAGACUUCCUCAUCAAGGGGGAGAGGCUGAAAGACAAAUCGGUUGUUCUGGAGUGUAUUCUAAAGAAGGACCUGGUCUACAACAAGGUCAACCCCAUAUUCCACCAUUGGAGGAUCAACGACAAGAAGUUUGGCCUGACCUUCCAGAGUCCUGCCGAUGCCAGGGCCUUUGAUAGAGGGAUCCGCAGGGCCAUCGAGGACAUCAACCAAGGCUGUCCUGCGUUUGGUGACUCAGACUCCCUGGAUGGAUUACAGCCCCUGUGUGAGGAGCCACCCUCCAUCUGUACACCCAUGAAGGAGCCCUUCUCCCCCCUGAGUGUCCACAGUGUGGUGUCCACAGAGCCCUGCCGAGGCUGCUAUGUCCGCGCUCAGCCUUUUGACGAGUUCCCCUCCAGCAACCGGCGCUACCUGCCUCCUCAGGUCUCCUUCAAGUCGACGCGCCACGUGAGCUUUCACAUGGACGAGGAGGAGAUCGUUAGGAUCAACCCUCGUAAGGACGUUCUGAUCCGCGGUUACGAGGACUACCGCCACCCCUUCAUGUGGAAGCAUGAUGUGGAGCGAGAGGACUCUGACUUCCCCGCCUCCUUCCACAAACUGGACACCAAGAAGUGUGAGUACCUCUUCCCCGAGGGGCCGGGCAUGGAGUCCCACUCGGGCCCUGGGAGUAUGGGUAUGGACACAGGGCGAGGGCUGGGUAAAGACUCCUCCAUCAAGACCCAGCCCUCGCCGCUGCUCAAGUCCAAAAAAGGGCGGCGGCGGCGGGAGGAUGGUGAGCGUUCACGCUGUAUCUACUGUCGGGAAAUGUUCAAUCAUGAGGACAACCGGCGGGGCCAGUGCCAGGACGCUCCAGACCCCAUCAAGCAGUGCAUCUAUAAAGUCAGCUGCAUGCUGUGUGCUGAGAGCAUGCUGUACCACUGCAUGUCCGACUCUGAGGGAGACUUCUCGGACCCGUGCUCGUGUGACACGGCCGAUGAGCAGUUCUGCCUGCGCUGGCUGGCCCUGACGGCACUGUCCUUCAUCGCUCCCUGUAUGUGCUGCUACCUGCCGCUGAGAGCCUGCCACCACUGUGGGGAGGCCUGCCGAUGCUGCGGGGGCAAGCACAAGGCCGCCGGGUGACCUGACUGAACUCUGACUCCCCCUCACCCGGGACGACCUACCCACAACACAGCUAGCUAACACAGGAAAGCGGAAGCUUGUUUUUCCAUUCACCUCUCAAAGGGGGGUGACAUGUUGUUAUAGACCCCUGGCUCUGGAUGUCUUUUGGAGAUGUUUGUGUCCUCCGACGCAGAGAGCAACGGAAGACCGACCUCGUGCUUUACGGGGCUCUGAGUGUGAAGUUAAGUUCAGGAGCUGAACGCGAGGAGAAGGCAUUGUGAUUAACAGACAUGGUGAUAUUACUAAACACACACUCACACUCGUACAUAAUACACACAGGCAGGCCACCAUGUCAGACUCUCUCUAGAAGUAAUGUGUAACUUUAUGAAGGAAUAACAAAUGACGACAAAAAGAAAA